CGCAUGCGCCCGGGCUACGCGCCAAAAGCUGCUUUCAGCGGAGUUCAGCGCAUGCCCCCUAAGUUUUCUUCGGAUAGAGGAGAUCUUUACAUGCGUCUGAAUACUAAGAAGCUCUGUGUAGUUUUCUUGCGGGCUGUAUUGUGCCAGAAUGGUCGGAAACCACAGAAGAAAGUCCAAGCCUCCUGGCUCUGAAAAGUGUGACGAUGGAAUCGUUGUUGUAACUUCUCAUGAUGAAGUUGAUCAGAAUUAUAAAGAAUAUAUGAAGACAUUUUUCAAACGGUAUGAGCGACAUGUUCUAAGUGACAUUCUGUUAGAUCUUGAAGACUUUGUAUAUGACACUCCAGAAGAUCGACAUCUAUGGAACUUGUCAGAAGUAAGCUGUGUAGAGGCUUCAUCUCAAAAAACAUCAUCCUUAAAACAAUGUGAAGAUCUGAGUCCAGUCAGGAAACUGGUCCCCAGUGAUUCAACAGAAGCCAGCCCUUCCCAGCUUUCGAAAACGAAGAAAUUGCCUACAACUUCUGAUGUUAAAAAGAGAUCUGACCAAAUCUGCACCACUUUAAUGCGGUAUAAAGAAGAUAAUCCUUAUCAUGAUGAUCGUAAAAGCUGUGCUUCAAGACAAAAUAGUGACUCGAGUGUUCUUUGCAAGACUCUUCAUGUUGCAUUGUCCCCAGAAGCCACAGUUUCUGAAGAAAUGGACGACCAAGAAUGUUGUUUAAAAUAUCCUGGAAGAUAUAAUGAAAGUGUCUGUAAAACAGAAGAUAGUGGACCUUUGGACAAUGAGGAGGCAAGUUUCUUGGAUCCCGGAAAUAAAACUCUAGAGGACAUGUACCCACAGAUGAUUGAAAACCUCAGCAGGCUAUGGGAUUUCGGUAAAAAAAAACAGGCAGCUGAUAAUAUUGUUCGAUAUUACAAACGCCACUUUUGGCCUAAAAAGAAGGUAAUGAGAAUAAAAUUGAACAGACACAUGUCCCAGUCUGUUAAUAGGACAUACACAAUAAGCUCCGCACCCGAUUUUGAGGAAAUUGUGUCACCAUCUAAGUCUUACAAUUCCAGAAUGCUGAAAGGUUAUAGUCCAGGAUUUUCACAGGGACAGAAAUUCAGCAGCUUUGCCAGCACAAUCUCAGUUACAAUUAACCCCCAGAACAAUGCUAGUAAGGCCUUUGAAGGCAGCCUAGAUAAUGUGUCAAUAUCCCUACCCAGUCCCUUUCUAGCCCAAGUGCUGAACAAGAAAUAUAGCAUUAUUCCUCCUGAAACAGACCCAUUUUGUUACUGCUACAUGAGAAACGGACCUAACUGCUAUAUGAGUCAAAGAACAAAGAGCCCAAGCAAGGCCAUGACGACUCAAAGCCAGAUGGACAAAGAGAGAAACAAUGGAAGCUACAAAGAAUACACAAAGCAGCUACAGAAUAGAGCUGCAGGCACAAUUACCGGUAUCUCACAAUUUUCUUCAUUUCCUGUAUCUCACAGUCCAAGUAGAGAUUUUGAAAGUCUUUACAGAAAUCCAACUCACAGUAAAAUCCAGCCAGACCUUUCAUUGGGUAAAGCCCAAUUCCAGUUUUCAAAAACAGUUUAUUCUUCGGUUGACUCACCAGGCUCAAGAGACAAAAGGCCAGGCAGUCCUGAUUUAUCAAUGUCAAAGAAACCCAGGAGUGCUACUGAAUAUUUAUUCGGGGGAUCAAAACCAACCUAUAAGUCUAUGGACAGUAGUGAUGUGUCUUGGGUAGAAUCCAUCUCUCCUAGGUUGCACCAUUCGAUUUUUGCCUCGUCUGUGGAAACCCACAUGUUGCCUUACAGUCCAGUGUCGCUCAGGUCCUUUCCCCAAGAGGUUAAUGACAGAUGUCCUCUAACAACAAAUGCAAGCACAUAUAGGAAACUAAAUUACCCUGAAAACAAUGGAACAGUCUCUGAAAACUGAAAAGAAUCUCCCCAUAAUCAUCUCUCUUCCUUACUGGCUUUAAAACUGGAAUGUUCUAAAAUUACAAUAAUUUUAAUCUGAUGUCUCAUCAGGCAAUGUUGCCCUAUUUAAAGAGCACGUGAUAUAAUGAAAGGUUCGGCACCAAAAAUACUGUGCUUAUAAGAGUGUUUAGAGCAAAAACCGAACACAGUUUUACAGUUAUUCUUAAAGGAAUACUCUGGUGCAAAAGCGCUUAUCCCACCGCCGUUUUUUGUUGAGAUCGACACGCUCUCUUCCUGGAGAAAGCGGGCUGCUCAGACCCACCACGAUCAGACACUUAUCCCCUAUCCUUUGGUUAGGGGGUAAGUGUUCCUGUGCUGGAAUACUCUGUUAAACAUCUUGUUGUUUUAGUUAUUUUAUCUUAAAUAUUUGUAAAUGUUCUUUGAUUAUUGAAAAUCCUUUUUGUCAUAAAGUAGCCAUAUACUAGCAAAACAGAAGUUAGAGCAAUUGCUAGAUCUGGUAAAUGUUUCUUUUAUAUUUUAAGACAUGGCUACUUUUCUAUUUUUGUUGCUUUACACAGUUUUGAAAAGGUUACCUUAUUGAUCAUUUAACAGCAGAUUACACUUUUCAUUUUGUUAGUGUAUUCUAUCAAUACCAGUAUUACCAUCUAGUACUGAACAGUUAUAAGGAAAUCUUCCAAACUGCCGACAGCUGUCAGGACAAGGAGACGCAUGGUAUCUUUUAGAUAUCUUUUCAUGCUUCCAUAAUGUAGAAAAAUACUUUUAUUCCCCUGUGCAUAUGUGUUCCCAAGCCACUGAAGUGCAAAGGGGUUGGAACCCCGCCUAUCCUAUUCUCUGUCCCUGAUUGACUGACAACUGGAAGGAGAGUCCUGUUUUCAAUCUCGCACCUGUGCACAAUUUGCACGCACAAUGCAGGAACAAGAUUUGGAAACGGAGCUCAACUUCUAGAUAACUAAUCGGGAUGGGAGGGGAACAAGGAGGUGUUUCAGUCCUCAGCAUUCCAGGUUUGAGUGACUUUGUCUGUCCUUUCAUAGCAUAGGAAAAGGUUUAUAUUCUCUGUUGCAGUUUUAUGAAACGUACCAUGUACCAUGUCCUAACAGUGGCAGCAGUUUGGAACGAAAUUUGCAGCUGACAGAUACCUAUAACUUUUAAAAACUUUUGACAUGUUAUAGUAAAAAUUCUUAAGUUUUGAUCUUUAGAGAUUCAGGUAUUAAUACACCCCACCAUUGAGAAAACAAAGAGAAAACAAUUUACCAAAACAUGUCCAGAGAAAAAGUUGCUGAGUUUCUCAUAGCAACCAAUCAGCUUGCUUCCUUUCAUUUUUCAGAGUCCUUUAAAAAAAAUAAAAGAAGCGAUCUGAUAGUUUGCUGUGGGCAACUUUUUCUCUCGACAGGUUUUUAUAAAUCUUCCCCUUAGAAUUUCUGUGACUACAUACACCCCACACUCGUCUUUCAGAGGAGAGCCAGUUGGAAACAAAAGAGCACAUUAUGACCCGGAUUGCUUCUUCUCUUUUGUUUUAGCAAUCGGGGUGCAUCAGCAUUUCAACCUUUACUGAUCAAAAGUUAUGACAUGUCACAAAAUUUUAAAACUGAUUUUUUAGAAUUCAUUAGUGACAACCAACACGGCCGCACUUCCUGUAGCCGUAAUUGCUGUAGCCGGUAACUAACACGGCUGCACUUCCUGUAGCCAUAGUUGCCGUAGCCGUUAGUAUGUACUUUCAUUCCCCAUGAAAUAACAACAAUUCUAGGUCAACUUUUCUUUGUUCGUUGUGCCGUUCCUUUGUCUUGUAAAAAAUUUCCAGUACCACCAGCUAGGGGACGUGUUGGAUAGUGUCAGACAGUGAAGUUAGUUAUACAUUUCUAGUAAGAAUAAUAGAUGAAUGGCACAACACAGCUUUAAGAAAAGAUGCUCCAGAAUUAUUUUAUGGGGAAUACAUUUACUAAAACAGACAGAUCAGAAAAGGCCAAGGGUUCUCUUUAGCAUACAUAAUACAAUACAACGUUUUAAUUUAUCAGUUUACAAUUGUCUUCUCUUUGAUAACCUAUGAAAAAAUCCAGUUUACAGUUUGCUUCAGUCAGGUCUAUUUGUAAAUAUGAUCUUCUUUGUUUAAGACAUAUGGGAAAAAAGAGUGUUUUACCCAUGAGAUGCUGCAGUUUAAAGCCUACCUCUACUGAAAAAACACAUUUGAAGUGUUAUCCAGCAUAAUCUUGUCCCAUAUCCACAGAACAGGGGAUAGGUAUCUGAUUGUGGAGCACAACAGCUGUAGAUGGCACAUGCUCUAUUCACUUUUAUGGGAGUACUGAAGAAACAGGAGAGCUGUACACGGGCAUCUCCAGCGCUCCCAUACAAAUAAAUUGAGAGCGUACAGUCUUCAGUGCACGAUCUCUCUGAGCCCUCGCCCAGUACUGGAAAUUGCGCAUGGUCCAACCCCUACAGAUACUUAUCCCCUAUAAUAUGGAAAGAGGAUAAGAUGAUUUUUGCUGGACAACCCCUUUGAUAAGCUAUGUACUCCUGAAUUCAGGUUUUAAAAGUAGUUGGAUAUUAAUGUUGAAACAUAAUUAUUGUAUUUAUUGGCGUAUAACACGCAUUUUUAAUGCUAAAAUUUUUAGCCUAAAGUCUAUCUGCACGUUAUGCACCGAUAGACUGUUUGUGACCAUGCAAAAGCCUCUGCAGUUCCAUGAUUUAAAGUGGGUGCUUUAAAUCAUUGAACUGCAGCAGCUUCUGCCACUACCCAAUUCCCUCCCCGUCCCCGGUUUUAUAGUUAA